AUGUUUGAUAUAAUGGAAAAUGACAGUGUUAUUGCAGCGAUGCUCAGUUUGAAAAUAAGGGAUGAAAAUGGCAGCCUUAAAUCUGUACUUAAUUUGCCUGUUGAUGUGCUGAAGCAAUACUGUCAUCUGGAUCAAGUGGCAGAUUUCGCUAAUCUUACUUUGUUUAUAUAUAGCUCUAAUACUACAGAUGACUUCGCUGAUUCGAGGGAGACACCUACUCCGUAUACUCUAAAGUUACUAUUGUCGGUUCUGUUUUUGCUUGUUGGAUGUAUUGGGCUUGUCGGCAAUGUUCUCACCGUUCUGGUCAUUUACAAGACCCCAUCGCUGCACUCACAUACCAACUAUUUUCUCGCCUCACUUGCCAUAUCGGACCUGUGUCUCAUCAUCGUUGGAGUGCCAUUCGACCUCUGCCAUCUGUGGCGGAAAGACCGGCCGCCGGCUAUUGCGGGAUACUGUGCUUUCAUGAGCACAUCGAUUUCGUUGUUCACCUUCGCUUCGAUUUUGACGAUUGUAUCAUUGACUGCGGAACGUUUUGUAGCUAUUUGUUAUCCAUUCAGUCAUCGUGCGCUCUUCGAUAAACGAAGAGUGAUCUAUUUAAUCUAUUUGAUAUGGAUGCUUGCUUUUUUCCCGUCGUUGUAUAUUGGUCUACAGUUCAAAGUAGUUGUUCCUGAUUUUUGCGGAUACAAUCGAGAGCUGGAUUCAAGACGAGGAAGUUGUGACUAUGUUACGAGCCAAAACGUACCAUUUCGGUAUCCGUUUGAGUUGACAAUGGUUGUCACAUUCGUACUACCACUAAUAUUCAUUGUAUAUUGCUAUGCACGGAUUUUAGCUACCUUAAAUGAAAUGUCAACGGCUACUCGUGUUCAUAUGCCUAUAGGAAACACUAGCAGUGCAGAUUCUACUCAGCCGAAUAUACUCUAUGUUCACACGAAGAACUACGCGCCACCGAAAAGCCAGCAAGCCCAAAGAAUGGUUAUAAAGAUGCUUUCUACUGUAACAGCUGUGUUCUUCGUGUGUUAUCUGCCAUAUCACAUAGAGCGAUUGAUAGUACAGUAUACGAAACAGCAAUGUAACAGUUCGAUGUUCUGCUUGUUGCUCUAUCCAGUCACAGGUCUACUGCAAUACAUCUCGGCUACUCUCAACCCAAUAUUUUACAAUCUUAUGUCGACACGAUUUCGAACGGCUUUUACACAUCUUCUGCAUCAAAUGCUUCCAAAACCUGAUGAAGAAUAUGGAUCGCUAGCGAGGAUAUGA